UAAACAAGCCAGCGAUGACAACCAAGCGCGCCAUCUUCAGCCCGUAGAAGAUGUGCGAUUGCUUGGGCCUCUCCGGCAACGGUCGGUUUACUGUCGGCAGUCUGUGAGGUACGAUACGUUGGUUUACAUAACAGCGGCAACAUGAAACAUAUCAAAUAAAUAGAAAGGAUCAUGAGCGAUUGACGCGUAAACAUUCGUUGCGUUGCAAGAAGUUAAUUGACUGAGACCGUCCGGCCCUGUGCAUUACUUACUGCAUUAGGCCCCUAGCUAGAUUACUUGGUAGAUAUAAACCACGGUUAUCGUCAGACCAGCAGUAGCCUGUAGAUUAGCGCUGUAGACUUCCAAACCAUGCAGUAGUUUUUUCACGUGCAUGGCAGCAUCUGCAGCAGCCGCAGCAGGUGGAGCAGCAGUAGUCAACAUGGAGAUGGAACUGCAGAAUGUACAGCAGGGGUGGAAAAAGGAAGGGCGCAAGACCGUCGACAAGGGAGGGAACCAGAGACCAUCCAAGAAGGACUUCCAACCUCUGGAUCAGCAUGAAGAGGUUGAGGCCACUGGCUUCACUGCCGAUUCAGGAGAUAAUGGGCUUGGAAUCUGCGUCUAUUUGCUGAUGUUCUUUUCCUACUUUAUUGUUCUCUUCACACUCCCUGUGUCACUAUUCUUCUGUCUGAAGGUUGUUGCCGAGUAUGAGCGAGCUGUUAUAUUCCGCAUGGGUCGUCUGUUGCCGGGUGGUGCCAAAGGACCUGGUAUAUUCUUCAUACUUCCCUGUAUUGAUAACUAUGUCAAAGUGGACUUGAGAACAAUAUCAUUUGAUGUUCCCCCUCAAGAGAUUCUGUCCAAAGACAGUGUAACCGUUGCCGUGGAUGCGGUUGUCUACUAUAGAGUUUACAAUCCCACAAUCUCUAUCACCAAUGUGGAAGACGCACAACGAUCCACUAGGCUGCUAGCCGCUACAACGCUAAGGAACGUCCUGGGGACUAAGACACUGGGAGAGAUGUUGAUCGAUCGAGACAUCAUCAGCAGCCAGAUGCAGUCCGUCCUGGAUGAAGCUACAGACCCUUGGGGGGUCAAGGUGGAACGAGUUGAGAUUAAGGAUGUUCGCUUGCCAGUUCAGCUACAGAGAGCAAUGGCAGCAGAGGCAGAGGCUGCGAGAGAGGCCAGAGCAAAGGUUGUGGCUGCUGAGGGGGAACAGAAUGCAUCUCGGGCCCUCAAGGAAGCAGCUGAUGUCCUGGCCGAAUCCCCUUCUGCUCUCCAACUGAGGUAUCUCCAGACCUUGAACACCAUCUCGGCCGAGAAGAACUCCACCAUUAUCUUCCCACUCCCCAUCGACUUGCUGACCGGAUUUCUGGGGGCCGGUCGUCGGAAGUCAGCCUCCUCCCCGCUGGGGUCACAGCAGGGGUCGAGACCUGGCUCCAGACGGAAGAAGCGAGAGCUGGAAAUUGAUGAGGAUUUAGACGGUGAACCCACGACAGUUUAGAGCAUUCAAAGUUGAGACAGUUUAAUCAAAGGUUGUUGUGUGUGACAGACUUUUCCACUACACAAACAGACCAGUGUAAUGCAGUACGUAUCUUUGUGGAAGACACAGUUUGGGCUGUUUCACAGAUAGGAUCAUCUUUGCAAAUUCUGAAGAAAAUGCACUUGAAUCGUACUUUUAACAUACUGUUUGGGAACUCAUUUGCAUGACUUGUGCUGUUACAAAUAGUCCGUUUGCGUCUGCUAAAACAAGUGACCUGUAGUGAGCAUUUGGCCUGAUCACUUCAUUACAGUUUAUGCAUCUGAUAGUUGGCCUUAUUCACAAGGCAGCUAUAUUGAAUUGAAAACAAGGUGAACUUUAUUUUAGGAACCUGACAAGAAAAAUGAAAGCAGUGACAUAAAUGUUCAUUUCAACUUGAUGGCAGUACACGUUGAUGGAUAAAUUUAAAUAUGUGGUUAAAUAUAUCGAACUGUUUUAAGCCACAUUUUAAAAAAAUGAAAAUGAAGCCUGAAACCCAAAAUAGUCUGGCACCACCCAAUACUACGGAUUAAGUUAAAUAAUAUAAAUUCAGGGAACAUGAUUAUAAAAUGGCUUCCCCAUGAAUAAGGUCUGUUGCUGUAUUUUGCAAAGAUGGUCACGCCCUCACCUUCUGUGAUACCAGCUUUACCUAGGUGACAAAUUGACAUUUCUAACACCCUUGUUGCAAUUGCAAGGGAUUAUAUUCAUUUCGAUGAUACAACUGUUGCCCGUUGAUGAAGUAUUUUAAGGAUGAGAUCAUAUUAAUUUGGUCUUUAGUAGGAAGUGCUGACAUUUUGUUUGUACUUACAGGAUUUGGAUUGUAAAUGGUCAGUAGUUCUUUAUUUCAGAUUCAGUGACAUCUAUGUUUGGGCCUUAGGAAUUUUUUUCUCCAUUUAGUUUCUAAGAUGAAAGUUGUGAUUGAUACUACAAAGGCAUUAUUUUCUGUCGGAGUUAAGAGAAUUUUCUACAUAAUCGACUGACUUGGAAAAUCAUUGUUAAACAGGUAAUCAAUCAAUUUAAGGUAAAUUCCUUUCAGUAAAAUAAGGACAGUUGAAGAAUGUAAAUAAAGUCUUUGGAGGCAAACCUAGAGUAAGAUUCAAUCUUUUGAUUGAUUUGGUAAACAGUGGAAACUGUAAAAUGUUAGUGUUGGGACAAAUUUUUAAAAAAUUCUCCAAAAGGUUUUAAUUUUACAUUGUUCUUAAGAACAAGAUGGGCGAUACGGUUUUCAAUACUUUGAUUUAGUCACCAUGGCUACUCUUUUGUACAUUAUACUAUAGGUAUAUUACAAAUAUUCUAUCAGUGUUUAGCUUAUAGAGAUAAUAUUGUACUUGUGUGCUAUAUCUGAAAUAUAAUUCUGACACUCAAAGUAUUUAAGCCUUUUAUCAUUUUUGAAAAUUGAAUGGUGAUGAAAUAUGACUGGAGAUUUUGACCUUGGGUAAAAAAAAGAAAUGUUGAAAUGAGAAAAGUGACUCCCGUAAGGGGCCAGUAAAGUGCCAACUACAAGUCCUGAAUGUGGAUUUUGCAUUUACAUGUUGUUUAUGCUAUUAAUGCUGUUUAUUCAAUUGUAUUCAAUCACCAAACACACUGAAUUACAAAAGUAAUGACCAGCUUGACGAUCAAAGUAUUCGGCCAAAUGCAAGCAUUGGGCAAAUUUAGGUCUGGACUUUUUUCCUGCCUGACUUAUGGACAAGCUCAGAGAAGUACUCAAUAACUACCUGUUGGUUCUUUCUUUUCACCCCCAAAAAGGCACCCAAACAGAAAUCCUUAACAUGUCAACUUGUCUGCUCCUUUUUUGUGAAGUUUUUCCUGAAACAGACGACAAAGAUGCUUUGUGUUUUCCUCAAUGCAUGGUCCUUUAUUAUAUCAGCUUUUCUACCGUAUUGUACUGUUUUUAAAAUUCACCCACCACAGACUGAAUUAUUUAAAAGCUUAGAUUUAAGAGUUCAUAAGGUUAGGGUAAAAUGUUACCUUUAAGUUAUUUUGUCGAACCUGAAAGAAGUUCAAACAGUCUCUGUGUAAUCCUGCCAACUUAAUUGCAAGCUUUUUAUUGGGGAACAUGUAUAUAAAAGUGUAAAUACUUCUCUGUUUUACUUGUAUGUGUUAAUGAGCAGUGCUUAUUCUUAUCAGAUCCACUUUAAAGCCAUUUUAAAUGCUACCUACUAGUUCUAAUAUUUAUCAUCAUUCUUGAAAUAGUUGUUUCCAUUGGUCCUGCCCUAUUUAAAACAAGCAAGCAAUGUUAAUUUAUUUCUUGGGAAAUAUGAGAUUUGGUUUGAGUUUAAUUUUCGGCUAUUUUUGUAUGUUUCAACAAUCCCAAAGCCUGUGUAAACUUAGCAUAAAUGAAGGUUUUUUGUUUGUUUUUGAUUUUUUUUUCCAUUUCUAGUUCAAAUUCCACCUGCACUCGGGAUUUUUGUUCGUCCUCAUUGUGGUAGCCCUCAGCAAAAACCUUCUGACGUUGCCCCCUUUUACAAAAGUUCAAAUUCCUGACUGACUUCCAAAUCAAAGGACUCUUGGCUACUUUUGCUUGUGGUCCUGAAAAUCAGUCAUGAGGAUCUGUGGAUAUAUGCCACAGAAUAUAUAACUGUCAAAUAUUAACUUACCUGCUAAAGACAGGUAAUGUUUUGUUGCAAAAUUAGAAUCAUACGUAACAUAUAGGCACUGUGUCUAUAAAAUUAAGUUCCCCUGCUGAAAUCGUGUAGGCUCUGGGCUCUUAAAAGUUUUUGAGAUAUGGUAUUAAUUUUAGGAUUUCCUAUUUUUUAGGCUCCUUGUUGUGAAAAAAAGUCGAGCACUUCGUAACCGUAAAACCAUCUAAAGAGACAAUGUAUGAUUUGUUCCCCAACCUUUGGGAGCCAUUUGGCAGCAAUAAAAAUACAUAAUAGUCACUUCCCUCAAUUUUUUACUAGCAUAACACUUAUAAAACGGUGGAUAUAAUAUUUGCAUAAAAAUAUAGCGCGUUCUACAAAGGAGAUUUCUAGUACUUUUUUCUUAGUGCAAUAUUCACCAUAGACAGUGCUUUUCUAUUUAUUAUUCUCUAUUUAUUGAUAAGAUUAUCUAAAAAUGGCUACGACUAUAAGGUGUAUACGCAAUGUUAUAAAGAGUGUAUUAAAGUUCUUAAAAUCUAUUUCGAAAAUUUGUUAUGACGAAUCUUUUUGCAUUUUGGCCAUCUGUAACUAAUACUUUCAUCAAUCUUAUUGUGGCUUAUUAAUUCAGCGUUUUAUCUGGAUGAGUUUCAUAUGAACAGCCAUGUGCCGGUACUCUCCUGUACAGGGUUAAAGGAAUUUGAGAAGGUUUGGGAAGGUUAUGCCUAUCUCUGUAUAUCAUACAAUCAGUGAAAAUGGUUAAACAUCUUACUUUGUUCUAAAUUAAUUAUAAUUUUGAGAGGAUGAAAUACAUUUUGAACAUGUGGAAGCAUUACUUUAUUAUCUUUACUGUCCCAGCUUCUUAAUAUUCAGAAUUAAUAUAAAAGCCCAGUUUUCCAACCUGUUUGAAACCCGCAGAAAUCAUACUGUAAAUAUAAUUUAUACUGUAUUUGUAUGUAGAAAUGUAGAGAUUUUAAGUUGACACAGUGGCUACAAAUUGCAGUAUACAGUGAUAAUGUAGUGAAACAUGUUUUGUUAAUUUUAUCAAAUAAAUGUGUCAAUGAAACUCCA